GCCUACAUCAAUCUGCAAGGGAGUGUCAGAAAGGCCCCGCAUUCGCCGAGCCGUGACACAACCCGUCAGCGAAUCAAAUUCAGUGAUGACAGAGUGUGCAAGAGCCACCUUCUCAACUGCUGCCCUCAUGAUGUGCUCUCUGGAACUAGAAUGGACCUUGGAGAAUGUUUGAAGGUGCAUGACCUGGCAUUAAGGGCAGACUACGAAAUAGCAUCCAAAGAUCAAGAUUUCUUCUUUGAGCUUGAUGCAAUGGACCACCUGCAGUCAUUUAUUGCAGACUGUGACAGGAGAACAGAAGUGGCUAAGAAAAGACUAGCAGAAACCCAAGAAGAGAUCAGUGCUGAAGUUGCAGCUAAAGCUGAAAGAGUUCAUGAAUUGAAUGAAGAAAUUGGGAAACUGCUGGCCAAAGUAGAACAGCUUGGAGCUGAUGGGAAUGUGGAAGAAUCUCAAAAAGUAAUGGAUGAAGUGGAGAAGGCUCGGGUAAAGAAGAGAGAAGCAGAAGAAGUAUACAGGAAUUCUAUGCCUGCCUCCAGCUUUCAGCAGCAGAAGCUACGGGUUUGUGAAGUGUGCUCAGCUUAUCUUGGUCUUCAUGACAACGACCGACGACUUGCUGACCACUUUGGAGGAAAACUACACUUAGGAUUUAUUGAAAUAAGAGAGAAGCUUGAGGAACUCAGGAGGAUUGUGGCUGAUAAACAGGAGAAACGAAAUCAGGAACGUCUGAAACGUAGAGAGGAGAGGGAAAGAUAAGAAAGUGAGAAACUAAGGAGGUCCAGAUCCCACAGCAAGCAUACCAAAAGAUCUAGGUCCCGAGAUCGCCGCAGACAUCGGUCUCGCUCAGCCUCCCGGGAACGAAAGAGAAGAACUCGCUCCAAAUCCCGUGAGAAACGCCAUCGUCACAGGUCUCGCUCUAACAGCCGCAGCCGGAGUCGCAGCCAUCAUAGAAGCAGGCAUAGUUCCAGGGAGAGAAGCCGAGAACGCAGCUCCAAAAAGAGAUCCUCAAAAGAAAGAUCUUCCAGAGACAAAGAACGUUCAAGAGAUCGUGAUAGAACAUCACGUGAUAAAGAUAGAAGCUCAAGAGAGAGGUCACCACGAGAUUUCAAAGACAAGAAACGUUCUUAUGAAAGUGCUAAUGGCCGAUCGGAAGACCCGAGGAGCUCAGAAGAGCGUGAAGCAGGGGAGAUAUAACUGGCUGUAUAUUCACCUGAUCUCUAGCUUCCUAUGGAGUUGCAUACUAUGGUUUAGUUUACAGUUGUUCAAAGGGACACCAGUGAGCAGUUCCAGACACUGAUCCAACUAGGGUAGAUGUACAGUAUAUAAAAGUGGUUAUAACCAAGUCAGAAUUAAACCCCAUCAAUUAAUGAUGCCUAAAGCUGGGUCCUGGACUUCCACCAAGUUGUAAAACUUUUCUGAAAGAUUUCUCUUUAUUCAGGACAACAGUUUUAUGUACCAAGAUGCAGAUCUCAAUGUUUUUAAUCUCCUUUCCAAUACAAGUUAGUGAACAAAUUCUAUUGUACUACUUGCCUUGGGUGCUUUUGAACCUUUAUAAAUUCUCCAAUUCUGCUCCAGUCAAAACAGCAGCAUUGAAAGGUUGUAUUUUGGGGAAUUUUUUUUUGUUGUUUGCUUUUUGUAAGAGGGUGGGUGGAUGGAUAUUAACUUUUACUCUAAGGUUAUGUUCCCAGUGAUUUUUUUUGUUUGGGAACCUAGGAGUUGAUUACAGUGGGAGCAUUUAGACAGGAUUGUGUGCUGGAGAAAGCGGAAAUGUCUUUUUACAGUGCCUAUUUAGACUUGGAAAUUGAACAGCUGUUGCAUUACAUCUUUUUUUAUUUCUACGUAAAUUUUGAAAUCGAAGCCAGUCCCAUAUCUGUACCAUUUGAUUGGUAUGUGUUCAAUAUAUUUGUUUUUUUCCA